AUGGCGUCCUCUCUCGCCGCUCAGCUGUCGCAGAUUGCGUCAAAGUCGUCGCACGAGCUUGACCUGAAGGCACAGAGGAUAUCACACUCACAGUCUCUGAUUUUUGACCGGAAAGUCGCUGGAUCGCAAGACUUCGACACGAUCUAUGAUAUUUGUUAUGAUGGUUACCAAGAAUUGUGCUCGCUGGACCCACGGUUCACGGAGUUUGAGCGCACAAUCUUCAGUGAACAGAGCAAGGCGGAGGAUCGCACUCAGAUGAACGUUUCUCAGAACCAGGAACUGGACACUGUGAUUGAAGCUUUCCUCGCUCUGGUUGGCGGAAGACUGCAGUUAAGCCCUGCAGUCAAGGCUGUGGAUUGGCUAGUGCGUCGGUUCAGAAUUCAUGAGCACAAUACGCACGCCGUAUUAUUGACAUUUUUGCCAUACCAUACGACACCUCUCUUCUUGAACCUUCUAUCAAUUCUUCCAGACGACCUUACACCGACAUUCAAAGUCCUCAACCCAUACAAAAAUAGCCUCAUCAACCCGCCGAGACAUCCGCUGGUUCAUAGCGCGGCUACGAAUAAGGCUUUCUUUGCUGCAUUAAACAACUACGUUCUGAAAGUUUGCCAACAUCAAGCGCAGAGCCAUGCAUUGCUUGCUUUCUGGGCCGGUAUUGUUACGGAGGCUGUUUCAGCAAUGUUCGACGCCUCCCGCUCAGGAAGGAGGGAAGUUGAGCAGCAAAAGCAUGAGGAUAUCCUUUUGCGAAUUCUUCCUGUACUCAGCUCUGCUUUUACCAUGAAGAAGGUUUCAGAGCUGAUUGUCAGCUGCUAUAUGAUCUGUGUUGUUCUAGCCCAGAAGGCCUUGCUUUCAAACCAGGUUAUUGAUGGUUUGAUGGAAAGUAUUGUUGGUUCUUGGACUGAGGAUACCAAGAACUCUGGUCUCAUCUGUCUAUCAUUCCUAGCUCAACAGAAGGAAACUGUUGGCCUUUCCAAGAAGGUGUUCAAGAGUAUGCUGCGCCUGGAGAACUCUAUGAACCAGCUUGCUGAAGUGGCUACACAAUGCCCGACAUCAAACUUCUUGCUCGGAAUUGUUGCCGGGUGCUUGAAUGAUCUUGACAAGGAAGAUAACACUCACCUUGUGCUAUUGUCCUCUAUCUUUGAGCGUAACAUGCUCGGCGAGAAUGAAGUCGGCAAGGCUAUGAGCAUGGUUCUCGAAGCAGCCUCUAGUUCAGAUGAGACCCGUGGGAUGUCUAUGGAUGCACAGACACAACUCGCGGAGCUAGUCCAAGCAUUCAACCGGUCUGAUUCCCUCCGACCUAUCUUCCAGAAGACUCUGACUUCCUCCCCAUUCAAUAUUUCUGCACUCGAGCACAACUUGCAAACUGUCGUGGAAGCGUCUGUUGCGACACCAGCCAUUGAAGACAUUGAGAUGGCGGAUGCGGAUGAGCAAUCCGAUGUGGAUGCCUUUACUCCAGCUCUGGAGUCUUUGACACGCGAGCCCUUGUAUCCAUCUUCUUUCCUUUGCAAGCAAUCUAUCAUUGAAUUUGAUAACCUUGUUCGAGUCUUCGCUUUGGCUGUUGAGUCGGAGGAAAAGGUUGAGCUGUUUACCAACUUGCCGAUCUUGGGCAAGUCCCAAGCAACCAAGGCUCCUCAAUUCCUUUCUUUCUUCAUCCGCGUUGUCGCCGGUCACUACCCAAUUGGCACAAAGAUCGGUGCAUUGAACGUCAUCUCCUCCGUUCUCUCGUCCGCUCCCGCAGACUUCGAUCCCCAGGCGCUUUUGCCAUUCCUCUUUGUUGCCCUUUCGGAUGCUUCCGAGCGUAUCCGCCGCGAAACUUCCGGUGUCCUUGUUGCUAUUGGUUCGUUGUACAAGAAGAACUUGAAGCCCAGUGAUAGCUCUAAACCUUGGGCCCACGACACGAUCUUUGGCCAGGGCAAGCCAUCCUCGGGCCUUGCAUGGCUUCCUGUCAAGGACUCCCAAAAAGUCCUGGAGCGUGCUUUGCUCCCCGGGCUGGAGGAGUCUGUGCUUGAUUCGAACCAUGUCUCUCGGGCUAUCGAAGCCACACUUCGUGGAAACGUUUUGUCUGAAGCUUCAGGUGCAUCCGAGCUGAAGAAGUCUCUGCGCAUCAGCUUCUUCAGCUUCAUGUGCUCUCAAAUUGUUAAAUUGCCUGUUUUCGCUCCCAAGUUCGGGUUGCUCAAGCUUGUCAACAGUGUGGAGAAGGUCUCUACCGUUACACUUACCCAACAGCUUCUCCCUGUUCUUGAGGAAUGGCGUCGCUUCAGCGCGAAGGAGGUGGAAGAAAUUUGUGGCAAAGAACAUAUUUCCGUCCCUGAGACAGAACAGCUGGUCGCUGCUAUUGUUACCCCAAGGGCACAAGAUGCCGUCGAUAUUCUUCUCUCCAACGUCAGCUCUGGCACCGACUCAUUGCGAUCAGCCUUUGUUGCGGCUUGCUUUGCCCAGAUUAAGCACCUUUGGGCUAAGAUCCCCGAAGACUGUCAGCUCUCAGCUUCUGAGAAGUUGCUCGACAACUCUCUUGGUCAAUCAGCCAGCUCUCUCGGAAACAACUGCCGCGACGUUCUGCGCAGUGUUGAGCUUCCGGGUGCUGUCCUUCAGCAAUUCGUUCAGAAGAUCCCCGAGUCUCUCACUGAAGUGGAGUCUAUUGGGCCUGCACCAAAGCGUCGCCGCACCAGCCAAAACAACAUGAUCGCCAUGACUGUUAAGGAUGAAGCCGAGCUCAGCAAGUUGAUGGAUAAGAUGACUUUCAUCCUGGAAGUUGUGGACAGCUCUUCCCCUGAAACCCACCCCGAGUUGGUUGAUGGUCUGUUCCAGACACUUGCUGCCCUUCAUCACUUCAAGGCUCAGAUCCAGAGUGGUAUGAGCUAUCUGCUCAGCUUGACCCUGGGAAGUCUCCUGGCCAUCGUGAACAAGUCCAAGGGAUCUGCAAAGCCACAGUUCGACACCUCUGUCAUCCGGGCUGAUUUGGUUGUGGAUUGUGUGCGCACCACCGACAGCCCGCAGGUUCAAAACGUGGCUCUCCUUCUCGUGGGUAGCCUCUCCGUCAUUGCCCCUGAAUUGGUCCUCCAUAGUGUCAUGCCUAUCUUCACCUUCAUGGGCACCAGCGUUCUUCGCAAGGAUGAUGACUACUCCGUCUCGGUCAUUGAUCAGACCAUUGACCAGGUUGUUCCUGCUCUCAUUCAAUCUCUGCGUAGCCAGAAGCGUGACGUUGUUUCCGGAACCUCGGAGCUGCUGCUCAGCUUCACUGCUGCCUUUGAGCACAUUCCAUCGCACCGUCGUCUCAGACUCUUCCAUGCUCUCAUCACCAAGCUUGGAACACAGGACUUCCUGUUCGCUGUUCUGGCCAUGCUUGCCAAUCGCUACUCUAUUGACAAGGAUGUCUUGACUUUGAUGACCGGCUUGGUGUCUGACGCUUCUCCUGUUGUGGAAUUGACCACUUACAGCAAAUACCUCAACCUGGUUACCGACUCUUUCAAGACCAAGCCAGGCAUUUCUCAGGUUCUUCUGGGUAUUGGCAGCGAAGAUGGACGUGACCCCCAGACGGUCUCUGUUGAUCUUCUCCGUGACCUUGCCCAUCUACUGAAGCACUCCAGUCUAAAGUCUAAGCUUGAGACUGCUUUCGAGUCAGAGGGCCAGGAUGCCGAUAUGUCCCGCGCAUGCUUCUCCCGUGUUCUCGAGCAGGUCCUAAGUAUCGGCGAGGCUGUGCAGAGCAUGAAGCCCGUCAGUCAGGCUUGUGGCGAGGUGCUCGGUUCCUUGUUCAGCACCCUGUCUCUUGUCGACUUCUUGGAUACCAUUGACGUUCUGCUCCAAGGCCCCAACGAUGAGCUCCGACGCAAGGUUCUUCGCCUGCUCGAGACUCGUCUUCGCCAGACUCCUGAGCGUGACAACUUGUCGCAGAUCCGCGUUCUUGACUUUAUUCCAAACUUGGUUGGUAUUGUCGAGUCCUCUCCGGAUACGCUUCUCAAGCACGCUGCAGUUUCCUGCAUCGACCGGAUUACCGACAAGUAUGGUCGUAAGGAUCCCUCCAAGAUCAUUCCUGCUGCUAGAGUCGUUGCCAGCGAGUCCUGCAUUGGUCAAACUGACGAUCGUAUCCGCUACAUGGGUAUCCUGUGCCUUGCGUCUAUGGCCGAGGUUUUGGGCCAGUCUUUGAUUCCUGCACUUCCCGAUACUCUGAAGCGCUCCGUGGAGCUGCUCGAGUUGAGUUUGACACCUGGAAAGGAGAACUCGCGACUCCAUGAUGCUGUCUACACUCUCUUCUCCGCUCUCUUCGUCCACCUUCCCUUCAUGAUCUCCGCUGCUCAUCUGGACAAGGUCAUCCUCCUGUCAUUCAAGUCUGCCAACGCGGACAUUGAAGAGAGCAGUGAUGACAGCCGCCAAGAGACUCUGCGCUUGAUGGCUCGCAAGGUUGAUGUCGGUGCCACUCUCGGCGCUGUCGACCGCAACUGGCAGAAGGCUGUUGAGACCGGUCCCGCCGCCGUCAACGAGAUCCUGCAAGUUGUUACAUUGGCUGUGGAGAAACACCCCAAGUCGACCAUUGCCAAGAACAUCACUGUUCUCACAAAGAUCAUCUUCAAGGCGUUUGAUCUGCGCCGUGAACAAGUUGCCCUUGGUGAUGCCGCCAUCUUUGAGGCCUCUGAUAUUGACGAAGCUGAGACUGCGGUUAACGACGUCACCAUUAAGAUGAUCUACAAGCUGAAUGAUAGCACCUUCCGUCCUAUCUUCCUCAAGUUCGUUGAGUGGGCUACCACUGGCGCCCCCAAGAAGGAUGAGCAAGCUCAGGUGUCGCGUCUUACGACUUUCUACAAGUUCCUCGAGGUCUUCUUCGGUACUCUCCAGUCCAUUGUCACAGGAUACUCCAGCUACAUUAUGGACAGUGUGGUCCAAGUCCUCAGCACCGUUGGUCCUUCCAAGACCCACAAGUCGCUUUGGUUGGCGGUUCUUCGCAUGCUCCGCAAUGCUUUCGAGCAUGAUCAGGAUGAAUUCUGGCAGAGCCCCUCCCACCUGGCCAGCAUUUCCGGUCCUCUGAUCGCCCAACUCGGCCACGCCACUAGCACCACUACUUCAAACAUGGUCAUCGCCGAUGUUGUCCCUACCAUCACAGAGCUUGCUAUCGCUGCCGACUCUACCGAUAACCACAAGGAGCUCAACUCCGCCUUGAUGAAGUACCUCCGUCCCUCAUCUGCUCCUAACGCCCGCUCCGCUGGUGGUGACAGCCCGCACACGCGUCUCGCAGCCCUCAAGACCGAACAGGCUCUUACCGAACAGUUGGGUGAAGAGUGGCUUGCACUCCUUCCCGAGAUGCUGCCUUACAUUAGUGAGUUGAUGGAGGAUGAGGAUGAGAAUGUUGAAAGAGAGGUUCGGAGAUGGGUUAAGCAGAUUGAGAAGGUUCUUGGCGAGCGCCUUGACGAUAUGUUGACUUAA